AUGAGCACUUCAUGGAGCAAAGACCAUCUCUGUUCCAAUUGUUUUGCAGUAUUGAAACAAUGUCUAAAUGAUAGCUCAGCUGAAGAUAUACAAACAUCAGUAGUAGAUCCAGACGAGAGAGACAGAACUGAAGGUGACAUAGACUCUCCACCUUUGAAACGACUUAAACAAGAAGCUGGACGUUAUAACAAGUAUUCACGGUCUCUCAGUCAGACCCCUUGGGUUGUGGGUGGAGUUAAAAAGGCCGAAACAUCUGUAGAAGAAUUGAUGUAUGAUCAACUCUUACCAAUGGUGAGACCUAAUGUAGUACGAUUUGCAUCAUCUGGGAGAGAAGAUGUCGAUGUUCGUAUGCUUGGCUCAGGACGCCCGUUUAUGCUGGAAAUAAUCAACCCAAGAGAGUUGGAUUUUGGUGAUGAUAAAUGUAAAGAACUAGAGACGGCUAUUAAUACAAGUACUAAAGAUAUUGCUGUAAAUAGCCUCAAAAUGGUGGAUCGUAAAGCUGGAGAUAUUAUAAAAAUUGGCGAAGAAGAAAAAAAGAAAUAUUACUCUGCUCUUAUUUGGAGUAGUGAACCAAUUACUCCUGAAACACUGAACUUUCUAGACAAUUUCCAGGACUUAAAAAUUGCUCAAAAGACGCCAAUUCGUGUCCUACAUCGUCGUGCCUUAGCAACACGAGAAAGAACCAUACAUACAAUGAAAUCAAACUACAUUGAUUCUCAUAAUUAGCUGGAACUCUCGACUCAAGCAGGUACUUAUGUCAAAGAAUUUGUUCAUGGAGACUUUGGUAGGACUGUUCCUAACCUCUGUAAAUUAAUGGGUCAUACAGUGGACAUUAUAGCUCUUGAUGUUACUGACAUUCAAGUGGAAUGGCCGCCUUAA